AUGACUAACCAUAGAGAUGACUGCUAUUUCUUCUACUACUCCAACUGUGCUAAAGUAGGGGUCAUAACAAAAACAGCAUCGGGCACUAGCAUUUUAUUUCUUUUUAAAUCUUUUAUAAAUGGCAGUAAAUGCAGCUCAGAUGUGUAAGUAUUGACAUGGUUGUGUUUGCAUUUCCUGGUGCAGGGUGACCGCUGCCCCUUCAGACACUGUGAUGCCGCCAAGGGCAGUGAGGUUGUCUGCAGCCUGUGGCAGGAGAGCCGCUGCUUCCGACAGGUCUGCAAGUUCCGCCACAUGGAAAUUAAGGUAAGGAUCGGUCUCCUCACUCUGUCUCUGUGUGUGUGUUUAGGCCAUCUUUGCUCAUUAUUGCCUGAGUUGUCACACAAACAAAAAAAAGUAUAUAGGGAAUAUCCCCUUCAGGUUUGGGCGGUAUCCAGAUUUUCAUACCGUUUCUGUACCAUACCGGGGUAUACGGUAUUACCGAAUGUGCACACAAGGGGCGCUAUUUCAAAAAACCCACAAAACAAUUUAGGAAACAGGGAUCUUGAUCCAGAAGGGGAUUGAAUGUCUCUGCUGUAACCAAGAAGCUUGAUCUUGACAUCUAGCCACUUAGUUAGCAAACGAAAUGCAUAGCUGGAGCCCUGAGCUGGAUAUCAUUUUUUACAUCUUAGAUUUCUUAGUUAUACUUAACUUAGUUAUAAGCAGUGGCAUAGCACGCAGCCCCCCUCAAACUUUUUUAAAAACGGUAUUGAAAAUCCUACCGUUGGUAAUUGGAAAUACCCCAGUAUAUGGUAUAAAGUAGGGAUGUGACAAAUGAACACAUUUUCUUAUCGUUUAAACUGCCAUUUUGAAAGGUUAUCCGUUAAAACACAAAAACAUCAUGAAAUUCCAGGUCAAUUCACAAUGCAGAAUAAUGGUCCUAUUACGUAUGUAUGACCUCUAGGACCGGGUUAAUGAAGUUCUAUCUACUGCGACCCUUUACAGACAUAGAACCAGCUACAGUAACAUGUUGAUAACUUUUCAGACAAUUAAAUGUGCCGCGUUAGAAGCAUCUGUACCCCUGCUGACCCAAAGAUACUGUAACCCGGUCUAAGCUAGGUUAUUCUACAUUCAACAGACCGAAGACACAUUCGUGUCAUUAGCGAAGAGAAAGAGCAGGCAGGCCAGCGCGAGGGAGAGAGAGGAGGGGCAGGCAGAACCGUGCGCAUAUGUCUUGGUAAUCUGCAUCUCGCAAUGUCUUAAUUGUCUUGCAUGCCUCGUAAAUUCACCAAAGUAGCCUAAAGUUCGCCUCUUCCUCUCUGGUUUUAUUGAAAUUACACAACUUUCCCCAGUCCUUUAUAGUCUUGUUGGGCUAUAACACGGAAAAUAAUGUUUUGUGAUAACUGCAAUAUGAUUUUAAUUAUGUGGGGGGGGGGGGGGGUGUUUUUCGGUAGACAUUUUUCUUAAGGUUAAGGAUCCCAACUUCGUUUAAACAUUUUAACGUUUAAACGUUCACACCCUUACUAUAACGGGUAUAUCGCCCAAGCCUAAUCCUCUUAAAGCUUUUCCCGCUCUAAGCUGUGUCUCUCGAGUGGCCUUUACAGAGGAGUAGAGAAACACCCUCUCUUAAAACCUGGGUCAGGGGCUGUGCCUCUGGACCUGUCAGGUGGGACAUUUGAAUCUCUUGUUGGUCUCCUCACACCAUGUUCUCCAGUUUUAGACCUGGGCAUUUUGUCAUAGAAAGGGUUGAUCUUCAUUUUAUUGUUUUCUAAAGUAAGCGUUCACAAAGACUUGAAUGUUUAAUAAUACAAGACAUGCUACUACGUGUUCUGACAUGCCCCCUCUCUACCUCUUCCUCUCAUACAGAAAAACAGGAAGGAGAUGGCGUGUUACUGGGAGAACCAGCCUGCUGGCUGCCAGAAGCCUCACUGUGCGUUCCACCAUGAGAAACCACGCUUCAUAGAUGGCAAAUACGUACCGCCCAACAAAAGUGAGUAGGCACUCUGAAAGAACAGACUCUGACCCAGCCACCGUUAACUUGCUGAUCUUCAUCUCCUCAGCAUCGCGUGACAUGAUUUUCACUUGACAUGAUAUUGUGUAUCAGCAGAACAAAAAUAUAAACGCAACAUUUCAUGAGCUGAAAUAAAAGAUCCCAGAAAUUUUCCAUAUGCAAAAAAACGACUUAUUUCUCUCAAUUUGUGAACAAAUCUGUUUACAUCCGUGUUAGUGAACAUUUCUCCUUUGCUAAAAUAAUCCAUCCACCUAACAGGUGUGCCAUAUCAAGAAGCGGAUUAACCUCUUAAGGAUCAGACCUUUUUUUUUCCACAUUUUCGCAUAAAAUGACAUACCCAAAUCUAACUGCCUGUAGCUCAGGACCUGAAGCAAGGAUAUGCAUAUUCUUGAUACCAUUUGAAAGGAAACACUUUGAAGUUUGUGGAAAAGUUAAAUUAAUGUAGGAGAAUAUAACACAUUAAAUCUGGUAAAAGAUAAUACAAAUGCAAGAGAAAGGCCACAAUAUAAUAUUGCAGUUUAGGCGCAAUCUAUAUUUUGGCCACUAGAUGGCAUCAGUGUGUGUGCAAAGUUUCAGAUUGAUCCAGUAAAGCGUUGCGAUACUGGAUUAUUUUGUAUCAAGUCUGCCCAAAUGUGCCGAAUUGGUCAAUUGAUACAAGUACAUAACUAUAGAGAACAUACAUUUUGUAUUACCAUAUCAUUUUUGUAAGUUUACACACUCCCAGGAAUGUCAUACAUGAUGGAUCAUUAGCUUAUACACUAACUUUCACAUAUCUAGUUGGCCGGGUGGGGUGGGUGUGGAGCCAGAGACAGCAAGGGUUCAAACUGUAAAACCCAGUUCCUACAUUUGAAUAAAAAAAUGUAUUUUAUCAAACAAAACUGCUACAUUUUAUCUCUUGGACCCUCAGGAUGACAAAUCAGAGCAAGAUUACUGAAUGUAAGUACAUUAUUUACCUUCAGAGGUAAAUGUAUAAAAUCAGUUGCCGUGAUAAGUUUUUAGUUGUUGUGCACUCUCCUCAAACAAUAGCAUGGUAUUUUUUCACUGUAAUAGCUAAUGUAAAUUGGACAGUGCUGUUAUAUUUAAAAUAAUUUAAGCUUUCUGCCCAUAUAAGACAUGUCUAUGUCCUGGAAAGUUUGCUGUUACUUACAACAGUCAUGCUAAUCACAUUAGCGCACGUUAGCUCAACCAUCCCGUAUACGGGACACCGAUCAUGUUGAGGUUAAACAGCAUGAUCAUUACACAGGUGCACCUUGUGCUGGGGACAAAAGGCCACAAAAAUGUGCAGUUUUGUCACACAACACAAUGCCACGUGCGUCUCAAGUUUUGAAAGAACGUGAAAUUGAAAUGCUGACUGCAGGAAUGUCCACCAGAGCUGUUGCCAGAGAAUUGAACGUUAUUUCUCUACCAUAAGCCGCCUCCAAUGUGUAUGGCUUUGUGUGGGCGAGCGGUUUGCUGAUGUCAACGUUGUGAACAGAGUAGUAGCGGUGGGGUUAUGGUAUGGGCAGGCAUAAGCUACAGACAUUGAGCACAAUUGCAUUUUAUAGAUGGCAAUUUGAAUGCACAGAGAUACCGUGACGAGACCCUGAGGCCCAUUGUCAGGCCAAUUGUCCGCCGCCAUCACCUCAUGUUUCAGCAUGAUAAUGCAUGGCCCCAUAUCGCAAGAAUUUGUACACAAUUAUUUUAAGCUGAAAAUGUCCCAGUUCUUCCAUGGCCUGCAUACUCACCAGACAUGUCACCUAUUGAGGAUGUUUGGGAUGCUCUGUAUCGACGUGUACGACAGCGUGUUCCAGUUCCCGCCAAUAUCCAGCAACUUCGCACAGCCAUUGAAUAGGAGUGGGACGACGUUCCACAGGCCACAAUCAACAGCCUGAUCAACUAUGUGAAGGAGAUUUGUCGCACUGCAUGAGGCAAAUGGUGGUCACACCAGAUACUGACUGGUUUUCUGAUCCACGCCCCUACCUUUAAAAAACAAAAAAGUUAUCUGUGACCAACAGAUGCAUAUCUGUAUUCCUUAUGAUGUGAAAUCCAUAGAUCAGGGCCUAAUGAAUUUAUUUCAAUUGACUGAUUUCCUUAUGAACUGUAAAAUUGUUGAAAUUGUUGCAUUUUAUAUUUAUAUUUUUGUUCAGUAUAUAUUCAGGACUGAGAUGAAUAGCAUAUUUGGGCUCACUUAUGAACAAACCUAUUCUUUAUCAGAACCAGAGUUUAUCAAUAGUUUCUGAACUGGAUGGUUUUGUCACUCAGGUUUUGCCCUGAAAGAGGAAGAGGAGCCUCAUGAGGAUCCUUUGCCUCCUGUCCCUGCCUCCAUCCCAGCCAACCCCCAGCUCCGUGGGGUCAUUAAGGCGGAGACACAGGAGAACGUUCCCAGCCCUACCCACCCGCCUGUGGUCAUCAAUCCGGCAGAUGAUGAUGAGGAUGAAGAUGGUGAGAAACACACUGUUCUUACGUCUUCACUAGGACUAUUUAAUUUUUGUGUAGUGUACUUACGUCAUGUCAAGUUAAUUUAAAGUGGAAUCUACAAAGGUCACAAUACACUUAACAUAACCAAAAAGUUAGAGUAAAAUAUAAAGGCAAUAUAAACAACAAGAAUAAAAAGCAAUAUCAAAAUUAAGGAGCAAAUAGUCCAUAGGGCAAGAAGGAGCAUGGCAGUGGAAAGAUACAGAAUGGAGCUGUUAAAGGGGCAGUAGCGCAGAGACACGUGGAGCAGACCUUCAAGGUGAUUAAAGUUCUAGGUGUAAAUUACAUUUGAAGGUGGAGAGGGUAUUGAUAUUGUUAGGACAUACAGUACUUUCUUUUGUUUGCGAUUUAAUUUGGGAACUAUCAUUUGACUAAGGGGGGUUCCUGUGUGUGUGUGCGCAGAUCAGUUCUCAGAGGGGGAGGACUGCAGGUACGGCUCAGACAGAUCCAGAGUGGUCUCUCCCAGGAAGAUGGCUGUGGCCUCCAGCUCAGGUAAGAGGAGAACAAAGAAACAGAACACAUAGAAAAGAUAAACAUCCAACGCAGUGCCUGUUUUUAAUGCGGCAAUCAGCAGUUGAAUCAAUAACAAAGCGUAUCUUCCCCCCACUGUUUCGCUAAAAAGCUGAGUGAUGGAGCUGGAGAAAUGUAACCACUCUCAAAUUCAGACAGAGCUAUGGAUGUUUUAACCAUGGUUUGAGACUAUACAGUAUUUGUUUACAUUUACUUUGUUUACAAACAUUGGGGUAAAACAAGAUAAUAUUUUGGGUUCUGAUGGGGUACGACAGUUGAACUAAGCUCCUAGGCAUUUAAGUUAUAUUCUUCAAGAAUCAAUGGAUACAUCUCAAUAAUUUAUAGUCCAACUGCAGGAAGCCCCUUUUUUAAAGUAGAUUUAGUUUCAAACCCCACGAGGACUGGACUCAAACUUGAAUUGACCGCUUCGCUUUUGAACGCAUCCGUGACAACAGGGUUAUAUUUGAAAGCUCUUGUAUUUGAAAGAACAAUCCUCUUAAAGCUUUGCCCACUCAAGGCUGUGUGUCUCAAGUGGCCAUUACAAGACCUCAUUGUCUUUGAGCGGCCCCUGUGUCUCUCUGUGAUUGGCUAACAAUAUUUUUGGGGAGGCACAGAUGACUCGCUGAACUUUGGUGUCAGAACCUUGGAGGAGAUCAGACUGAGGAAAGCCCUGAAAGCCAGUAUGAGGAUAGCUGGUGAGUUCAUCCUUCCUCUCUCCUCCUAAAUGCAUCGACUAUUGCCUUUUGUAUCGUCGUCAAUAUUAGAAAAACUCAUUUCAAUGGAGCACUUAUCUUUUCUGUUCUCCUACUGUUAGUGAUACGGUGUGAGUUUAUCAACUGUCCUUGUAUCUCAGGUUAUCCAGUUCCUGGCCAGGGCUCAGACCAGAGAAACAACGGAGUGAGCAGCGAGAAGGAGAACAUGAAAUCCUUCAUCCGACCAUCUCCCUUCACAGCUAAGGAUGGUAAGAAUCAUUGAACACUGAUCUAGCUGAGCCCCCGUCGUGUAUGCAUUGAUAAACAAGAUUAGAUGUUUUCCCAGUUUGAAUAUUGUUGAAGUGAAUCCCACAAGUACAUAUGAACACACACUCGCUACAUGUCAUGUGUAACAUAUGCAUGCUACCCCCUCAGACACUGUGGUGUUUGGUGAAGAGACUGGGAGACGCAACGUCGUGGAGAGAAUAGUCAAAGGUACAUCUGAGACUUCUGGAAACUCCAAUGUCUUGUAUUGUCGAAGUUAAAGAAUGAAUCAGAGGAAAGCGUGCAUACAGUACCAGCUGAGAAUCACUAACAAUUACAUUUGACAUUUGUCAUUUAGCAGAAGUUCUUACCCAGAGCGACUUACACUGCCAGUCCAUGUACAGUGUCUUGCAAAAGCAUUCAUCCCCCUUGGCGUUUUUCCUAUUUUGUUGCAUUACAACCUGUAAUUGAAAUUGAUUUUUAUUUACAUUUCAUGUAAUGGACAUACAAAAUAGUCCAAAUUGGUGAAGUGGAAUGAAAUAAAUAACUUGUUUCAAAAAAAUUAUACAAAAUAAAUAACGGAAAAGUGGUGCGUGCAUAUAUAUUCACCCCUUUGCUAUAAAGCCCCUAAAUAAGAUCUGGUGCAAACAAUUACCUUCAGAAGUCACAUAAUUCGUUAAAUAAAGUCCACCUGUGUGCAAUCAAAGUGUCAUAUGAUCUGUCACAUGAUCUCAGUAUAUAUACACCUGUUCUGAAAGGCCCCAGUCUGCAACACCACCAAGCAAGCGGCACCAUGAAGACCAAGGAGCUCUCCAAACAGGUCAGGGACAAAGUUGUGGAGAAGUACAGAUCAGGGUUGGUUUAUAAAAAAAUAUCCGAAACUUUGAACAUCCCACGGAGCACCAUUUCAAUCCAUUAUUAAAAAAUGGAAAGAAUAUGGCAUCACAACAAACCUGCCAAGAGAGGGCCGACCACCAAAACUCACGGACCAGGCAAGGAGGGCCAUAAUCAGAGAGGCAACAAAGAGACCAAAGAUAACCCUGAAGGAGCUGCAAAGUUCCACAGCAGAGAUUGGAGUAUCUGUCCAUAGGACCACUUUAAGCCGUACACUCCACAGAGCUGGGCUUUAAGGAAGAGUGGCCAGAAAAAAAGCGAUUGCUUAAAGAAAAAAAAUAAGCAAACACGUUUGGUGUUCGCCAAAAGGAAUGUGGGAGACUCCCCAAACAUAUGGAAGAAGGUACUCUGGUCAGAUGAGACUAAAAUUGAGCUUUUUGGCCAUCAAGGAAAACACUGUCUGGCGCAAACCCAACACCUCUCAUCACCCCGAGAACACCAUCCCCACAGCAUGAUGCUGCCACCACCAUGCUUCACUGUGGGGAUGUUUUUCCAUCGGCAGGGACUGGGAAACUGGUCAGAAUUGAAGGAAUGAUGGAUGGCGCUAAAUACAUGGAAAUUCUUGAGGGGAAACCUGUUUCAGUCUUCCAGAGAUUUGAGACUAGGACAGAGGUUCACCUUCCAGCAGGACAAUGACUAUAAGCAUACUGCUAAAGCAACACUCGAGUAGUUUAAGGGGAAACAUUUAAAUGUCUUGCAAUGGCCUAAUCAAAGCCCAGACCUCAAUCCAAUUGAGAAUAUGUGGUAUGACUUAAAGAUUGCUGUCCACCAGCGGAACCCAUCCAACUUGAAGGAGCUGGAGCAGUUUUGCCUUGAAGAAUGGGCAGAAAUCCCAGUGGCUAGAUGUGCCAAGCUUAUAGAGACAUACCCUAAGAGACUUGCAGCUGUAAUUGUUGCAAAAGGUGGCUCUACAAAGUAUUGACUUUAGGGGGGUGAAUAGUCAUCUUUUCUGUUUUUUUUCUUUUCUUAUUUCUUGUUUGUUUCACAAGACAAAAUAUUUUGCAUCUUCAAAGUGGUAGGCAUGUUGUGUAAAUCAAAUGAUACAAACCCCCCAAAAAUCUAUUUUAAUUCCAGGUUGUAAGGCAACAAAAUAGGAAAAAUGCUAAGGGGGGUAGCUACACAAUUGUACAAUCAUGAGCUACAAAAUCACACUGGGCGUUAUUAGUUGUCCUACCACCUACACCCUAAACUUCCAUGACCAUUAAUCUUUGACCUUUUAGAAGUUCCUGCCGGUGGUGACCUGCCAAUGAAACGCCGUCUGGCCGAGCGCCUCGGGAGGAACAUGGAGGAGGAUGAAAUGGACCUGCCCCCUCGGAAAGGUGAGCAAGGGGAAACUAAUAUAUCCACAGUGGAUUUAAUUACCUCAGACUAAUAGGAAUACUUGUUCUUAAGAGUAUGUCAUUGAAAUUGUAUAUUUAGUCUUUGUUCUUUAAUGUUAUAUGUUGUGUCGAUGGGCUACAACGAAAUAUUCAUGUUCAUUAGGGCACGGAACUGAUUUUUUUAAAAUUAUGUUUGGCAAGAGAAAACAAAAAUGUGCGUUUCUUAUUGGUAGUCCCUCCCUGUUCCAGUCUGUCCUCCGUGCCUAAUGAAAAUGACCCUGGUUGUACUAAUUAGUUCAAGCCCCUGAUUAGUGCUUUAUCUGAAUCAGGUGUGUCUGUGAUGGAACAAAGGAAUGCACACUAGUUUCUCUUUAGGGCCAGGGUUACCCACCUGUGCCACAUGAGAUACGCAAUAGUUGUAUUGUUUGUGAUUUGUUGAUACUAAGAAGUAAAACCAUUGUUGAUAGUCAUUUUCUUGGAGAAUUUGGACUGGUUUUCAUGUUAUUUUCUUCUCCAAACAGCUCUGAAACCUGUCAGGGACAGACUGGGAUUACCUGUUGAACCCACUGCUGCAUCUGAAUCAGGUAAUCAUUAACUCACCUCUCACAAUUAACAAGUAUCUCUUGAAAUGUCUCUCUUAAAAUUACUUAUUAAAAUCAAAAUCAUUAGAAUGACUAUUUUAAUUUAGUUACUUUGUAUAUUCUUCUGUAAAGCGCUUUGGGUAGCUAAUAAAAUGUUUAAAUGGUUUAACAGUAUCUGUCUGAACAGUAUACAGCUAUUCUCCUUUUGUCAUAAUGUUGAUAACUAACCUCUCCCUCAGCUGAGAGCAACAGCAAGACUAGAGCGUCUGAAGUAAUCCGCAUCAAAACCCUGGAGGAGAUCAGGCAGGAGAAGUUGGCCAAGGCUCAGGCUCAGGGUCAGGGGGACGACCAUCGCCCUUCAGUCCCUGAUUCCACUGCUACCAAGGCCCCAAAGAGAAGCGCCGCUGUCAAAUCUGCAGCUGGCCUUCACGUGAAGACCACCUUUGAGAUCCUCCACGCCAAGAGGAAGCUGGAGGAGGACCAGGGGCCCAGCCUCAGGAAGGCCAAGCAGCCGGCUGUGGAAGCAGCUCCAGGGAACUCCCAGGGACCCCCAGAGCCAGUCAUGCUCAUGCGGGUGGCCCCUCCUGGGGGAAGAGUUAAGGUGAAGACCCUGGAGGAAAUCCGCAGGGAGAAGGCAGCCAGGAUGCAGGCCCUGGGACAGGAGGCAUUUAACAUGAAGAUCCCAGGCUCCGACCCGGCCUCCGGAGAGGGAGGUGCCAAGAAGUCCUGCAUACUGCGCAUCAACAAACCAGCUUCUGGUUAAAAAAAAAUUUUCUUUGAUUUGAGAAACCUUUUCCAAUUGCUCAUAACGACCACUAGCUGUAGUGUUUUGUAUAAUUCUAAGACAUUAUUUUGUUGUCCUUACAGCUGCCAGCACUACCACCCAGAAGACAUCCGAGGUGACCGAGAAGAAGCCAGCUGAGCCUGCUGCUGUUGCUACUGAGGUAAGACUUCCAUACCUUCUAUCAUGUGUGUCCUGUCUGAAUACCUUAGAUCCAGAUAUGUAGUUCUACUCUGAAUCAGAGCGGGUAAUCAAUGAAUAGCUCUGGUCUUUAGGCCACCCCUGCUAAUGGUAGCAGCGUGAAUGUGAAGACCUUCGAGGAGAUCAUGCAUGAGAAGAGGCUCCGCAAGCAACCGCUGCAGAAGGAGCAGGCCUCGUCCACCAGCCACUCAGAGGGCUCCGUCAAGGCUGAAUCUACCCAUAAACAGGCCGCAGGCCCCGCCCCCCAGAGGGAGAACAGGGCGAGGGUGAGCCCCUCUGCCGCCCCCUCACCCCCCACCAUCACCCUGGAGGCACCUGCCCAGGCGCCCAAGGCCCUCCUUCGCCAGCGCAUCACGCUCAAACCCAAGGCAGCCUCCCCUCUGCCCUGUGCCACCGCCUCCCCCCAGCAGGGGUCUCCACUGAUGCAGGCCGAGCCAGACUCCCCCUCCCUCAGCCCCAGGAGCUCCAGCGCUGCCCCAGGCAAAAGGGAGAGAGGCUCCCCAGGAGGUUCCAGUCCCCCCAAGCAGGCUGCCUUAGCAGCAGCUGCCUCCCCUAGGCCCUCCGGGGAAGAGGCUCCAGUUGAGAAGGCUCAGGAUGGAGCUCAGAAGAAAUCCCCUGGGCAAGCUACUGAAGCUAAAGGUACGUGCCUGCAGAGAAGAAAUCCCAAAAUCUUAUGCAAAGAUCAACUCCAAAGUAUUAGUCUUACCUCCUGUGUGCUGUUGUUUCAGUGAGGCCCAAGCUGAACGUGAGGCCUUCUGUGAUGAAGCCGGCUGCCCAGGUAAAGCCAGGCCAGAAAAGGAGAGAAGCAGAAAGAUCUGCUGUUGCUGCAGUCAAACCCCUCAACUGCACCUCCACAGCACAGGAAGAGCCACAGCAGGAGCUGCCCUGCAAAUGGAGAGAGGUAGGUCUCAAAGCUCACGCUCUCUGUGACAGGAUUCCUUUGUGAUGUUAUGGAGAUGUACUUUAUAAAACCACUGUUAUUAUAACCUGUGUUGAUAACCUUGUGUGUUCUCGCCAGGUGUCCUCUCCCUCCUCCAGAAUGCAGGCCCAAAUAAGCCUGAUGGUUCCCAGGAGUCCCCCCACCACCCUGGGCCUGGGCUGCAGCUCCAGUCCCCUGAGAGAGGAGUUCCAGGCGGUCCCUGUCAAACAGCACAGCCCAGCCAUCACCACAGCAGCCCCAGACACCUGCAUAGUCCCACAGAGGUAACACUGGCAAACCGCGCUACAGUUACAACUCACCUUUUAUACUGUCAUAUGGUUAAAUCUAAAAUAAACCCAAACUUCUAUGGCUGAAUGAGGUUAAAUGAACUCUGCUCCUCUCGCUCUCCUCACCAGUCCUUUGGUGAAGACGCCCACCCAGCCCAAGGCUCGGCGGCCCACCGCUAGCACCUCCGCCAUGGACGAAUUUGACGAACUGAUGAAUGAGUUUACAGAUGACCGUCUGGAAGAUGACUUGGAGCUGGACCCCGGCAAGGGAGAGGAUGACUACCUGCUGGAGCUGUCUGAGAUGAUUGACAGCUAA